AUGGGUGCAUUUUGGGGAACUCGGGUGAUGGAAAUAGUGAAGAAGCACGAUUCUGGUGGUCUUGUUUGGAAGCGAAUCAAGCUCACUUCCACUCGUAAAGCCAAUGCCAAAACCCGUCUCCGUCGCGUUUGGCAGAAUGAGGCUGUUCUAAAAGCGUGUGGUGUAUCAGAUGCACCAAACGCGCCGGGAGUUAGCAACACAGAAAGCUGUAGCAGUGCGGUGAAAGAAUAA